UUGCAAAAAACAAAAGUCUUUGAACACAACUUCCGGAAAGGGUCACGCUGUCCUCCGUCGAGUGUCACAUCAGGAAAUCUCAGCUAAAAACAUGGUUUUCGAAGAUAAAAUGAUCACGAAUGGAGAGCCAGAGGAGGAGGAAGAAGAAGAAGAGGAGGAGGAUAUGGUGGACCCGUUAGAGACUGUGCGGGAGAAGUGUGAGCAGACGGAGCAUUGUGUUCAUGCUCGUGAGCGUCUCGAGGCGUGUGAGACAAGGGUCGGCUCGCGCUCAGAGACCACAGAGGACUGUACGGAGGAGCUGUUUGACUUCCUGCACGCUCGGGACCACUGUGUGGCCCACAAGGUUUUCCAGUCAAUCAAAUAAACAGAGCAUCUCAGCGCUCGAUUUUAUAUAUAUAAAUAUAUAAGAAGUGAUUUCUGUUCCAGAUUCAACAAUUCACCAAAACCCUUAGGUUCUUCAAAUCAUCUGUUUUGCUGAAUUGUGACUGAAGGGUUAAUCACUGUACCAUGUUUUCAUCUCUCAUGUGUCUUCUGUUGUUGAGAUCAGUAGAGAGGUGAUGUUGACAGAAUUUGGCUUUAUUGCUAAAGUCAAAUAACAACAACAACAAAAAAAAACAAUAAAGAAGAAAAGACA